AUGAUUGCUUGUGCUAAGUACAGGGUGUCAUGCGAGUACUGUGGCGAAGAGGUCGCGCGAGACCUGCUCGCGGCGCAUGCAGACGCCUGCAGUGUUGAAUUGACUGCUUGUUCGUACUCGAAACUGGGUUGCUCGUUCUCAUCCCCGCGCAAGGACGUCCUCGAGCACGAGAAGACCUGCGACCGUGGCGCGUUCAUGGAACUUGUUGAUGGCCUUGAGAAGCGGCUGAAAGCCGACAUGAACGAGAUGAAGGACUCCUUGACAAAUCAGAUGGAGCAAAAGAUACAGCUUCAGAAACGUCAAAUGGAUACCAGACUCCAGGAGAUACAGGACGAGUUGCAGGAGGAACGAAGGAAGGGAGAAGAACUCGCCCAGAAAGUGUCCAGGCUUGCGAGUGGCGAUCUAAGGCUCUCACGAUACAGAGACCCAGCAGCCAGUAGCACAACGGACGACGACGCCACGAACGAAGCGAGCCGCUCCUCACUGCCAAUGCCGGAAGGCUCCGACUUCGAGCAGGCUGAGUACAUGUUCCGCAUGUUCGACGAACUGGACACACGCAUCUCCAACAUCUCAAAGGCACUGAUCGACCAGGACGCCCGGCAGUCGGUCAGGGUGAUGACCGAGCUCAUGCCCGUCAAGGAGCAACUGGUUGAGGCCCGCAGCCAGCUCGGGGUCAUGGGUAUGCACGUGCGCUGGCUGAUGGACCUACAGCGUUCACGUCAGAGGCAGGCCACCGACGUCGUGGGCGGUAUGGGCGCCGGCGGCGGUACCGCCUCCUCCGGCUCGUCUGCUACCACCACCGGCAACGCGCAGUCGGCCUCGGGACAGGCGGCUUCGGAGAGCAGCGGUGGCAGCGGCGGCAGCAGUGGUUCUGCCGAGCCUGCUGUGGGCAUUUCGCGGCGCGUGAGUGAUCGUGUCAGCCCUGUGCGCCCGAGCUUGUGA